GGCAACGGCAGCCGCGGCUCGGAGCUCGGCGGAGCGGGGAGUCCUCGGCUCGAGGGCCCACGGGAGCAGCCCUGGGGCCGGGCAGCGGAGGCGCCAGGUGGCGGCGGGUCCUUAGUUCUCGGGUCACCACCGGACAUCACGCGGCAGCCACUUCCCUCGCGAAGGCCUGAGGCUGACGUUACUUCCGGGGCCUGUGCGGGCAGGGGAAGGCCGGAAGUGGCCCCAGUUCCGGCCCCGUGGGCGGGGGGCGGAGUCCAGGAGGGGCCCCUCGGGGUUUCCGCGUUUGGUUCUCUGAGCGCCUGGGAGUUUAGGAGGCUGCCCUGAGCAGGCAGUGCGGCUGCCUAGCAAUGAUGAGACAGGACGUCCAGUCAAAUAUGAAUUUCAGAUAAGCAACACAUUUUUUUGGUCUAGGGCUGGAAGUCAGGCAGCACUGAUCUUAAGGGGAAAAUGAGAACCAUGCUGCCUAAGUGGCUGAGGACUACACGUUGGUGGCCAUGGGUGCCAGGUGGUGGUGAGAGCAGUGGGGCAUGGCUAUAGUUCUGCAAGCUCUGCCCUGCUUGGCCCGAGCACCCUUGCGCCCACUCCUCCCGGGGCGCCCAAUGGUCCGGCUGGCCAGUGGCAUGGCCCUGGCAGAGCAGGCGCAGCACCUGUUUGAGAGCACCGUGGGUGCCGUGCUUCCAGGCCCCAUGCUGCACCGGGCACUGUCCUUGGAUCCCAGUAGUGGGCUGCUGAAGGUGCGGGACCGGAGCUUUCAGCUGCGGCAAAACCUCUACCUGGUGGGCUUUGGCAAGGCUGUGCUGGGCAUGGCAGCUGCAGCUGAAGAGCUACUGGGCCAGCAUCUCGUGCAGGGUGUGAUCAGCGUGCCCAAGGGGAUUCGUGCUGCCAUGGAGCGUGCUGGCAAGCAGGAGAUGCUGCUGAAGCCACACAGCCGUGUCCAGGUAUUUGAGGGUGCAGAGGACAACCUGCCAGACCGUGAUGCACUUCGGGCUGCACUGGCCAUCCGGCAGCUGGCUGAAGGUCUCACAGCUGACGAUCUACUGCUUGUACUCAUCUCAGGUGGGGGCUCAGCCUUGCUGCCUGCCCCUAUCCCACCCGUAACACUGGAGGAAAAGCAGACACUCACCAAGCUGCUGGCAGCCCGAGGAGCCAAUAUCCAGGAGCUGAACACCAUCCGGAAGGCCCUGUCCCAGCUCAAGGGUGGGGGGCUGGCUCAGGCCGCCUACCCUGCCCAGGUGGUGAGCCUGAUUCUGUCAGACGUGGUGGGGGACCCUGUGGAGGUGAUCGCCAGCGGCCCCACUGUGGCCAGCGUCCAUAAUGUGCAAGAUUGCCUGCACAUCCUCAAUCACUACGGCCUUCGUGCUGCCCUACCACGUUCUGUGAAGACGGUGCUGGCUCGGGCUGACUCUGACCCUCACGGGCCACACACCUGUGGUCAUGUGCUCAACGUGAUCAUUGGCUCCAACACUCUGGCACUGGCUGAGGCCCAGAGGCAAGCUGAGGCACUGGGAUACCGGGCAGUGGUGCUGAGUGCCGCCAUACAGGGCGAUGUGAAAAGUGUGGCCCGGUUCUAUGGGUUGCUUGCCCAAGUGGCUGGAGCCCAGCUCACCCUGCCUGGGACUAGAGCCUCUGUGGAGGAGGAUGAGCAACUUCGUGAGCUGGCAGCUGAGCUCCAGCUCCCAGACCUGCAGCUGAAGGAGGCUCUGGAGACUGUGGCCGGGGCUAGGGGCCCUGUCUGCUUGCUGGCUGGUGGUGAGCCCACAGUACAAUUGCAGGGCUCCGGAAAGGGUGGCCGGAACCAGGAACUGGCUCUACGUGUUGGAGCAGAGCUGGGACAACGGCCGCUGGGGUCUGUAGAUGUGCUGUUUUUGAGUGGUGGCACCGAUGGGCAGGAUGGGCCUACAGAGGCAGCUGGGGCCUGGGUUGUGCCUGAGCUUGCCAGCCAGGCUGCCACUGAGGGCCUGGAUGUGGCCACCUUCUUGUCCCACAAUGACUCACAUACCUUCUUCCGCUGCUUUCGUGGUGGAGCACACCUGCUGCACACAGGGCUCACUGGCACCAAUGUCAUGGACGUUCACUUCCUAUUCCUGCGGCUACGGUGAUGGCACAGGUCAUGUUUUAGGAGGCACAGAGGUGACCUAUGGGGCAGCAUCCUGGGGCAGAACAGGGUUGGUCUGCAAGACCUCACUAGGCUUUAGGGCCCCUUCUCUCCUUGGCCUGGUUGUUUGGUUGACCCUCACCUUUCAUACCCAGGGCUUCUGCUCUGUGUUCAUUCCCCCCAACCAGACUGGCAGAUGGGAGUUCUCUUCUCUUCCUACUUUCUGUCAUGACAGCAGGUACCCUUGAGGGCUAGGAUGAGCACCUUGGCUACUUUGCUAUUCCUGGUCUUCUCCCUCUACACGGGGCAGCCCCUCUGCUGAGCUCUUGAGUGUUUUUUCUGUGGGGUGAAGAAGGACUGCAAAUAAAAAGAACCACACUCUGGGUUCUCUGUGUGUUUUCCCGCAGAGCGAAGACUCACACAGAGCUGUUGGGAAAGGGAGUGGGGUCAGGCUGUAGCCCCCGCACUAGGACUCUAUAGGAGUUCCCCACACCUCUCUCUGCAGGACACGCUCAAUACUUGUUUUACAGGAAUAGGAGCCUAGGAAGGUUGAUCCUGGCUUCUGGCACACUCAGUGUGGGCAAGCAGAGACCCCUGGAAGGACAGGCCAAAGGACUACAGUCUGUGGGGUCUGAAGGGGACAGGCCACUCAUCCAACCAUGACUCCCCUGUGGCAUCCGUGCUGCAGUCUCCGGGUUCUGUAUACCUUGCUAGGUGCAAGCUUACUAGCCACUGAGGCUGUCCUCAACUUCUGUAUUUGGAUAGCCCUUAGGGGAUAGAUCACACCCUUUGUUUAUCCAGGGGCUAUUCCCAACCACACAGGAUUCUGGACCUUGUUUUCUUGUGUCAGGCCCAUUUCCUCAGGCUAAACAUCCCAGUUUCUUUAUAGCUGCUUCUUUGGGACACAGGGCAGCUCCUGGUGCCAGCCCUGCAGUGGGGGUCUCCAGUGCUGAGAUGAGGGGUCAGAAUAUUGAUGGGGUCCAGCAGCCAUCUGCCCAUCCCCCUGCUACAGUUGGCUAGGAAAGAGGCUUGGGAAAAGAGCAACAGAGGAAAGCUUCCCUUGGCUAGGCUAGGAGCCUGUCCUGGGAGAGGGCAGGGCUGCUGUCCUGUGUCUGGGCCCACUUGCUCAGCAUCCAAGCCCUCCGUUGGCCGCCCCCGCCGUACGCCACGGCUCCAAUCCCUAUAUGAGUGAGCAGUAAAAUCACAUAGGAAUAAAAAGCCAUAGAGAACAGCGAGGCCUGGGGCUGCUCCUGCUGGCCCCCUCUUCGCUGAGGGUGUGAGGGGCUCUGGCCCAGGGCUGGCACACCCUCCCUCUGGGAAGACACUCCCUCACCUACUUGGGCCCCAGACAGCCCAGCCCGCAGAUGGUUCAUGACCUGGGGACAGGGUGAGGCAAGUAAUGUGAGCCAGGCUCUGGAGGUCAGGGAGGUUUAGGAAAGAGGGGAGUUUGCAUCCCUCUGUGAUGGAGGGUACCUCUUCCUUUGCUUCUGUGCUGGCAUGGAGUUUCCACUGACUGUGGGGUCAUAGUCUGGGGGAUAUUGCCCCUACAUGGCAGUAUCUGUGCCCUCUUGCUCCUCUGACAGCCUUUAGACAUGCCCUGUUCCUGUUUUAAUCCUUGCCCUUGGGAGCAUGGAUAUUAGCAUUGGGUGUCAAGUUCCAGGCAAGAGCAGGAUAAGAGGGCAGGACCUGUAGCAGAGUGCUUGUCUGCCCUGUCCACAGUGUGUGUGUGUGUGUGUGUGUGUUGGUAUGUGAACACACAGAUGUGGGUGGCCAGGGGUAGAGGGUGUGCUGUUGCUCGUGGACUACGCUGCUUACAUACCUGUUGAGGGCUUUGGGUGUCAGUGGGGUCUCAUUGGAGGGUUCCCCUGUACCCUUUUGGCCCUUGUGCUGUGCCUCUGUGGGGGCUAGGAGGCCAGGGACUGGAUUGCACCUAACCCAUUAGAUUUGCUCAUUUGGUAUCUCCAAGAUAAGAAUAUUUGGUGUCAAUCUAAAUGAAAAUAUGAUAUAAACACUG